AUGAAGACUGGCUAUGUUCUCGCUUCACUUGCGGUCGCUUUCAGCAUGACAGCUGCUGCGCCUAUCGAGCAAGAGAUGGCCAAGAAAUGGAGCAGCGAGCCUCAGCAAUGCUUCGCAAAGUGCUCGCCUGCACUCGGAUUCGGUCUCGGCUUUGGCGCUGCAGUGUCUGCCAAUGUCGCUGCUGGCGCGGGCGUGAUCGCCACACCUCUUGGCGCAGGGGCUGGCGCUGGCGUCAAUGCCGGCGUUGCUGUAUCUGCCGGUCUUGGCUUCGAUACAUUCCAUCAGUGCUACACGAGCUGCUGCAAUGGGCAGCCGACUGCCACGCCCAAGCCGGUUGCAGUACCACAGCCAGAGCCUUGUUACGACUAG